AUUGCUGAAUAACAUUUCAUCACCAGGAACCCGGAAGUGAAGGUGCUCGUAGGAAUUAUAAAUCUUAAGAUUUGGGGAAAAUGGGGAGAAUCCAGUAAACAGAGCAGAAUCCAGCCUAUCUGGAAGGAUGUGUUCAGUGGCUGUAACAGGUGGCUCCGGGUUCCUGGGCCAACACAUUGUCAAACACCUUCAGCUGAAUGCCCCGUGGGUGACAGAAAUUAGGGUGUUUGACCUUGUUCCAUUCGUCAAUUCGCUCGAUUACACAGCGAGACUAACUGUGAAGAGUUUUACCGGGGGCUUAGGGGACGUCCCAGCUCUUCAAGAGGCUUUCCACAAUGUUAAUGCUGUUUUUCAUGUGGCUUCCAUGAUAGACACAAGAUUUCUGCCCGAUGAAAAACUUCUUCGGGAAGUGAAUGUUCAAGGCACAGUGAAUGUAAUAACUGCCUGUGAGGAGGCAUGUGUGGCUAGCCUGGUCUACUGCUCCUCCAUCAGCACGGUGCAGGGUUAUUUUAGCUGUCUGGGAGGAACGGAAACAGAACUUUAUGAUGUCAGUCCGUUGAUGUUCAGAGAUUAUGGAGGGACCAAAAAAGAAGCAGAGCAACUGGUGCUGAAAGCUAAUGGUACAUCCUUAUCAAAUGGAAAGACGCUGAGUACAGUGUCUUUAAUACCACCCACCAUGUAUGGAGAGGGAGACAAACUUAUUCCAAAGAUACUGCAGUUCGCACAGAACAACAACGGCAAGUUCAUCCGAAUGGGCAGCGGACAGAACCUAGAGGCCUACGCAUAUGUUGGCAAUGUCGCCUGGGGGUUUGUGUGUUGUCUUAAAACGAUGCGCGACGAUCCUAAUUUUGGAAAUGAGAGAAUGUUCAUUAUGGAUGACACUCCUCCACAAUCUAUCCAAUCGCUGAGUCAACCAUAUCUUAAGAGCAGGGGGUUCAUAUUGACUUCAUUUUAUAUCCCAGUGUGGUUGCUUCUUGUUGUCUGCUUUGUUGUGGAAUCGUUUUGUCUUUUAAUUUCACCAUUGAAGAGAAUCUCAUUUGAUUUUAGUUUAUCGGGGAUUCUUUUCACCAGAAUGAAAUUUUAUGUUAGAUAUGAGAAGGCCAGUACUUUGAUAAAUUACUCCCCACUCUAUUCAAUGGAGCAGGCAGUGGAGAAGUCUAUGAUUUAUUACAAUAAUCUGAAAUUAAAAACCUGAUUUCAUAUUUACCUUGUCACAGUGGCAGAUCCAGAAAAUUUUCAAAGGGGAGGUUACAACAUUUUACGACCAAAUGUGUGUGUUUUGCAGACCCAGCAAAUGUAAGAUUUUGUUUAAAAUUAACAGACACCCCUAGAUUCGCCACUGUGUCAUAUAGGUACUGUUACAGGUAGGGAUACAUUUCAAAACAAAUUUCGGCUUUAUUUUUGUUUUACAUCUCCCUGGCCUCAGUGGUUUGCUGUACGUUUCACUUGAGAUUUAUGAGUUUACAGAUGUACGUGAUUUUUUCCCCAGUUUUUAAAGUGCUACAUGUAUUUUUGUAAGUGUGGCUUAACAUUUGUUGGUGCAAUUUAUUGUGAAACAUGUACAAAGUACAUGUGAGGAUCGUGUCCAUUAACACUGCUCAUAUUUUACCUGCAUUUAAAUGUAGACAGAGCCAUAUACAUACAAUAAAAUAGACAUUGAUUUUAUUUAUUUAAUAAUGUAUAUCAGGUAAUUUUGGUGCAAUGAAAAUGUUGACUUUUUUUGCGUAUGAGGAAAAUUUGCUAGAAAUAAAAGCACCCAAGAUUUCUUUACAUUUAAAAGGGCAUGGACGAAAAAUUUUUAAAUUUUAUUUUUUCAUUUUUAUUGUUUGCAAUGUUUAACUAAAGUAUUUUUAAUGGUCAACCGGAAUUUGAGUAUCAGUUAUUGAGUUAUAACUGAGAUACAACGUACAUUGCUCACAAUUUCUUGUUAUGUAAACAAGGUUCGUGACAUGUUUUUGUUUACAUAUAGAUCGCUUUUGAAAUAGGAAAUACCAGGUAUAAAAGAAAAUGAGAUGUGCCAAACACUAGAAACUAUUUAAUUCUGUUCAGAAUUAACUUGUAAAUUGAAAAAAUCAUCUGCUUUAAAUGAAACUUUUACUAGCAUAUUUAGCCUAUAUGUAAACAAAAACAUGACACAAGCCCUGUCUACAUAACAAAGAAUUGUGAGCUUUGUAUGUUCCAUGGACCUUGACAACUGACAUUCAAAUUUUUGCUGACCGUUAGAAAUACUUUAGCUAAGCAUUCUAAAGAUUAAAAAUGUAAAUAUAAAGUUUGAAAAUGUUCAGCUCAAAUCGUGUCCAUGCCCCUUUAAGUGCUACACUUCAUGUUUAAUGUGACUGUGUUAAUAAAAAGUGUCAAGAUUUCAAACUUCAUGUACUUUUUUUUGGAGAAAUUCCCCUGAUACCAAAAUUACCUGAUAUAAUGUAUCAUAUACAUGUAGUAAAGAAAAAUAAUUAUUAUAUUAAACCAGUACAUAUAAUUAGGCCAUAUUUUCUAUGCAACAUUUUUUAAUAGUGAAGCAUUUAAAAUGUAAAUCAAUGCAUGAAACACAUGAUAAUUAACAUGUACCUGUAUUAAGAGUAUAUGCAUAUUAUAUAGAUAUAUGUUUAUAUAGAUAUAUACAUGUAUAUAUGAAUACAUUAAUUUUUCUUUGAAUUUGUAAUCCUUGCAUGGAUGUGAUUUUAUAAUUUGUUGUUGAACACCAAUAUUUCUUUUUUUUCUGGGGGUUUUUUUUUUGUGGUUGUGCAAGAAUGCCAAACAAUAUGUUCAAUGAAGUACAAUUUUUGCUGAUAAAAUUAGAACAUUUCGGGUUUCAUUUCUAGGAAAAUAUAUGUACAUAUUGAUGAAACGGAAUCCUUUGGCAAAUCAAUAAAAUUUUAUGUCUACAAAGAUUAGUAAACCACAGGUAUAUUGAAAUUUAAAUAUAUAGGUGGUAUUAAAUUGAGAUCACAUGACUAAUAAAUGCAUAAUAUCCAACAAAGAUUGACCAAUCAUUAGAUACCUGUUGUUUUAUGCACAGAAUCUCAAAUUAAGUUGUAAAUUUAUUGAAGUUUGAAAUGUGCACAAUUUUUGCAAGAUCUGGUUUUAAUGAAUGAAAAUGUCUGUACUUUUUGUCUUUUUCAUGCCUCAUAAGACUCCAUUGAGAAUACUCACACUAUAUACUCACACCCUGUGUUUGAAUGUUUCACUUUUUAGGUGUACAUUAUUUCAUAGAUAGCUGUACAAAUUGAUUUGUCACUCAGGUCUUGUAUAAUCUGAUUUCAUCUUUUUUAAUGUUAAGGACGACAAACAAAAUUCCUUCAAUUUUAAUCUUUUUCAGUUUACUGUAGAAUGUAAUGGACAAUGCCCAUGUUGAUAUUGGACUCAAACUUUUCAGAUAUUUUUAAUGACAAUUUCAAUCACAUUUUAGUAUAACAUUAAGCAAUGAAUACUCUUUGAAACUGAUGGGAAAAUUAAAAGUGUUGUACCUAUUGGUUCUAUAUGAUUCAAUCUAAACAUAAAACCACCUGAGAAUCAGUUUGCAUGUUUUAUAUUCGUUAUUUGAUAACUACACAUAUAUUUUAUGAUUGUGUUUUCUUAUGAUCAAAACCAAAAUUCAUGAUGCGAACAAUUUUAUAUAUAUGUUGAUAAGUUGCCACAAGAAUCCCAUUUUGCAGACAUGCGAAGGUCACAGUGCAAAGUCUCAGCUUUUUUUGGUACAGGGAUUGGGUUCCCUUCAACUGGGAAAAUUAUCAGUCAUAUUUUGCUAAACAUUUACAAAAUUGAGUUGACUGUCUUUUCCAUCCAAAAAAGUUUGAAAACAUAAAAAAUAAACAUAAGAAUAACAACCACAUUUUCAUUUAUAUUUAUUCACUUCUUGACUGUAUUUCUUUGCUCUUUUCUACCUACCAGUUUACACUGUACAAUGUAUUUUCAAUUUAUAAAUGCAUCUAGGAAAUUUUGCUCAUAGAUUGGGAAAAUGGGUGACUUUUUGUCACCGGGAAUGGGUCUGAUAUUCGGUCUAACUUUGAGGGGAGCGGCAGCCCUGAAAGUGCAGAAUCUGUUACAUUAUGUUGUCCUUAAUAAAAAAUGAUUCUCAGUUUUGUUCAAGUCUCAGGAUUUUUAUGUCUGAAUGUUAUCAAUUUCUUAAACAGUUGAAGUGAUUUUACUCUGCCAUGGGUCUUUUAAUAUUAGCUCAUGCAGGAUUUUUUUUUAUCAUAGAAUUCUAUAUUUUAUAUCAACUUUUGCAUAAUGUACAGUGUAUUAAUAUACUCAUAUCAUGCAUAAUAAAUACAUUGAUAAUUGA